AUGAUAGUGCGCGAGCUAUGCCAACGGACAUAUUACCGGUCAUUACAGAUCGUGACAAAGCGUAAUGCUGUCAUAUCUGCAACACACAAGGGUGUCGCAUUCGAAAAGCGAUCGCUGGCCCUCUUAGAGGAGCAUCUGUCCAUGUCGCUCAGGCGUAUAGGCGGCAAGGACGACGGCGGCAUCGACCUCCUUGGGUGGUGGUGGCUUCCUAUAAUCCAAAACAAUCCUGCAAGCGCAGGGCGCACUCAGAUUGACGACACACAUAACGGCCAGGUUCCUUCUGCCUCGGACGCACCCCGCGCGCGCCUACGCAUCCUCGCGCAAUGCAAGGACGAGAAGAAGAAGACGACGCCGAAGUACCUCCGCGAGCUCGAAGGCGUUCUCUACCGCUAUUUGGCCCACGUUCACGCCUCAGCCCCUACCACGCAGUCAGAUUGCGCCUCUGAUGCAGAACCAAAUGCGGACUGGCUCACUUCGGUCGACCCCGUUGUGGGGCUGCUCAUCUCCUCCGCGCCAUUCACGAAAGCUUCAUUGUUACGCGCUCAUUCAUCCCCGCUGCCGCUAAUGCUCUUGCACAUUCCUCCUAACCCUACAAACGACAGCUCCUCUUCGAGCGUGGCUGCCAACCCCGAGCUGCCACACAAAUUAUCCUAUGAGUCGAGCAGCGACGAGCCUUCUUCCGAAAGUAACACGGAGGCUCCAGAUGGCAUCAUCGGAUCAUUGGUCUUCAAUGCAGCUCUCGGCGGUGCAUCAGGGUUGCUGCAGGGCCAUGUGCAACCCCGGUGGGAGUAUGCUGCAAUCUCUACGAGUCUCGGCAGUGGGCGACCUGGGCUGUGGUUCGAAGGACGGCGGCUGCAAAGCUGGACACCCGAACGGCAGAUGUCACCCCUGGCAGUCACUUGA